AUGAGUUGUGUAUGGAGUGUCUCCCCAUUCCCAUGUGUCAAUGCUGCGGCGGCUGACUAUUAGUGAUGAUCCUAGUCGUAACUAUGCUGAUUCUCGGUUGUUUUUAUCCGGGCAUUGUCACCAUUUCGCCCGAAGAUUUCGACAAUAGUAUCUUGACCGUACCACCGUGGACGGUAGACUCUUGCCCGGAAGUUUCCGAUACAUGCCUACAGUCCGUAAAGGAGGAAAACUCUUGCCGCAUUUGCAACGAAAACGGAAACUGCACGGUCCAUGUAGUCGUUUUGCUACCCGGUAGCGAUUUUUACAUCGUAAACUUAGCGAGGGCUCAAGAAACUCUAGAUUUGGCAAUUCGAAAUGUGAACGAAUUAUUGGCGAAGCCACCGUUUUAUUGGGAUUUUCAUUGGAUAGAUGAUGGCUGUUCUGCGGAAAAAGCUGUGGGCGGCAUCGUCGAAGCGAACGAGGGUUGUAACCACGUCAUGUUUGGACCUGUCUGUGAUUAUGCCUUGGCUAGCGUGGGACGCAUUGCUAAAUACAUCGGCUUUUCCGGUAUCCCUCUAUUAACACCGGGCGGUUUUACAUUUGAUUUUACCGUUAAAAAAAGAGAAACUUCCGACGAAAUGUAUCUCCUAGUAAAUUCCGGAUCAGUGGAUUAUGCAUCUUACGCCGAAUUCGUUCAUCUCAUUAUCGACAGAUACAACUGGACAAAAGUAGCCCUGAUGUACGAAAAGACUCAACAGAAUGAGGUAGCGGGCGACGAUAGUUGUAUUCUAUUCGAAAAAACAUUAAUUAAUGAAAUAAAAAUCAUACCAAAUUUCGAUUACAUUGACGGAGAUUUGGAGCUAAUGGGAUUAAAUUACACCGACUUCCUCCAAGAGAAGGUUGGAGUAAACUACGGGAUAAUUCUCACCUGUACUAGUCAAGAGCGAUUGCGUAAAAUCGCCAUUGAAGCCGCUAAGCUCAAAAUGAUGGAUAGAGGGGAAUAUAUUUUUCUCAAUGUCGAAUUAUAUAAUAACUCAACAAUACCGGAUAAGCCAUGGUAUAAAAAAGACGACGAGGAAAAUAACGAACUGGCCCGCAAAGGGUUCGAGGGAAUUUACACUUUCUUGCCGAUAAAAGAGGCAAAUUUCGACGAUGUCGAGAAACAGGAGCGAGGGUUCAAUUAUUUAGACGGAAUUUAUGAUGGUCUGCAAAUGUACGCGCAGGUACUCCAAGAUAAGAUACAAUUUGAAAAUAAUACUCCUAUACCAAACCAAUCGGUUAAAGGGUGCGAAGUUGUUCAGUCUAUGAUGGGCAGACGGUUCCAGGGACGUGACGAGGAGAUCGUAAUGAAUUGCAACGCUCAAAGGGUGGCGGAAUACGUCCUGUUAAAUAUAAACUCCAAAGGGGUCUAUGAGGUGGUCGCGAAAUACUCGACGUUGAACAAAACCAUUCGUAGUUGGAAUCUUAAUAGAACGUUCCCGCCUGACACCCCAGAGUGCGGUUUUGAUUUGUCUAAAUGCCCGACAUACGACACGGUCAACGUCCUGUUGAUUUCAUUAAUAUCGGUGAUUUUCGCUGGUUUAUUGCUGGUCGCCGUUAUCAUUUACAGGCAUUUGAGGUUAAAAGCGGAAAUUUACAAACGAACGUGGAAGGUGAAUUACGACGAUAUCGUUUUCGUCCCCAAGGAGAGACGUAACAGUUUCCAUUCGGUCGUUCUAUUCAAAGGUGAAGAUGAUAUGAGCAUAGUGGGAGACAAACAGCUCUAUACGACGGUAGGGUACUAUAGAUCUAUUCGCGUGGCUGUAAAGCAUCUACAAGACGCGAAAAUCAGUUUAUCUCAUCAAAAUCUCUACGAAUUGAAAGUGAUGAAAGACUUGUCUAGCGACAACUUGGUGAAAUUCUACGGAGCGUGUCUAGAUAGUCCGAAUAGCCCGAACUGUAUACUAACAGAGUACUGUCCCAGAGGCAGUUUGCAGGAUAUUUUGGAGAAUGAAGAGUACAAGUUAGAUUGGACAUUUCGAAUAUCUUUAAUCAUGGACUUGGUACGUGGUAUGCAUUACAUGCACGGUACGGACAUCAAGUCCCACGGCGCGUUAAAAUCGCCCAAUUGCCUGGUGGAUAGUAGAUUUGUGUUGAAGAUCGCGGACUUUGGGAUCCACUUUUUGAGGUGUUACGCCAUAAUCGACGAAAACGCCCAAUGCGACUCUUACGAAUAUUGGAAACGUCAGUUGUGGACCGCUCCGGAAUUACUUCGAAUGCAAAACCCACCCGUAGGGGGUACCCAAAAGGGUGAUGUUUAUUCGUUCGCCAUAAUAAUGCACGAGAUUAUCGACAAAAAUGGGGUAUUUUACGUCGAAAACGAAAUGGAACCCAAAGAAAUCAUUGAUGUGGUUCGUAAAGGACCCGACGGUAAUGCUGGGACUCCGCUACGGCCAACCCAUUCGACUGACACAUGCGAGGAUGAAAUUUCGGUUUUGAUGAACAAAUGUUGGGCCGAAGAUCCGCAAGAACGUCCCGAUUUUGGAACUCUGAAAGCAAAAUUACGCCAAAUGAACAGAAAUAAACCGUGGAUAUUUCAGAAUAUAGAAAACGAAAUGAACCUUCUCGACAAUCUUUUAACACGAAUGGAACAAUACGCAAACAAUUUGGAAACCCAGGUACAAGACCGUACCCGCGAUUAUCUAGAGGAAAAGCACAAGUGCGAGGAGUUACUGCAUCAGUUAUUGCCCAAGAGCGUUGCUCAGCAAUUAAUUAUGGGAAAACAUGUCGUCGCUGAAACUUUCAAUUCGGUGACAAUUUAUUUCAGCGACAUUGUCGGCUUCACAGCUCUCUCCGCGCAAAGCACACCGCUGCAAGUGGUCGAUCUGCUGAAUGAUCUUUAUUCGAUGUUCGACUGUAUCGUGGAACAAUAUGAAGUUUACAAGGUGGAAACGAUUGGCGAUUCCUACAUGGUAGUUUCCGGUCUUCCGGAACGUAACGGUUCGAAGCACGCUUUCGAAAUAGCGCGUAUGUCUCUCCAUCUUCUGCGCGAAGUUGAAAAAUUCAAAAUCAGACACAGGCCGGAAACUCCUUUGAAGCUACGCAUCGGGAUACACAGCGGUCCUUGCGUUGCCGGCGUAGUGGGUCUAAAGAUGCCCCGUUAUUGUCUCUUCGGCGACACAGUAAACACCGCGUCACGUAUGGAACAGAACGGAUUGCCUCUAAGGAUCCACGUCAGUACGGCCACCAAGCAGAUUUUGGACGAAGUCGGUUUGUUUAAAAUGGAACUACGCGGUGAGGUUGAAAUGAAGGGCAAAGGCAAAGUAAUAACCUACUGGCUAAACGGGGAAGAAGAAGGUAAUCGGUUUUUGUGCGAGCCAGUUUAUUUGCCUAAACUGCAGGCUCCGCCGGGACGUCCGAGUACACCACGUCCGAGGAGCGUUUAUUCAGAUAGCUCGAACUCAAACGGACAUUCGCCGUCAUUAGAUCUAAAACGAGCAUUGGAAGAUAUGAAUACCAUUGCGGAGCAAUCCAAACCAACUGAUGGGAAAGCUCGCGGAGAUGAAACCGAACAACCACUGCUACGUAUAACUUCUGCAUCUUUCGAUUCCAACGCUUAAAC